AUGGAAGUAGACUACCUCAAUCUAGAUCCUCAUGAAGAGGCGAAGAAACAUAAAUUAAAACGACUAGUACAAGGCCCUAACUCCUUCUUUAUGGAUGUUAGGUGUCCUGGUUGCUUGACUAUCACUACAAUUUUCAGUCAUGCACAAACAGCAGUAAUUUGUGGAAGUUGUAAUAUUGUUCUGUCCGAGCCGACAGGCGGAAGAUGUAAGCUUACUAAGGGCUGUUCAUUCCGUAAAAAGGUUGAAUAA